AGAAUAAGAGAUUGCUUCUGCUGGAUUGAUUCUGAGGAUGGCAGAAGCUAGCUCAAGCAGUGGAACAAUGGCGGGGAGUGAUAUUAUAGCGAUGAAGGAGACGCUGCGGGCUCAGCAACAACUUCUGCAGAAGCUGUACGUAGAGUUGGAUGAAGAAAGAGAAGCCUCUGCAACAGCAGCGAGUGAAGCUCUUGACAUGAUUCUGCGUUUACAAGGAGAGAAAGCAGCAGUGAAGAUGGAGGCCCGACAAUAUGAGAGAAUGGCAGAGGAGAAGCUAGAACAUGCAGAGACAACUCUGGAGAUCUUCGAAGAGCUCAUGUUCCAGAAAGACAUGGAGAUUGGUUCUUUGGAGAAUCAAAUUCAGGCUUAUAAGAGAAAGCUUGUUAGCCUUGGAUGUGAUCCUAAUCUCAGUGAGUUUGAGCUUCAGGAGGAGAAUAAUAAUAACAAUCAGUCGGUUCAAGGAACUGAUGAACAUCAUCAGAACCCAGAAAAUGAAUCAGUGAGAAGGCUCCAUUCAUUGCCUCCUUUACCUGUAAAUAAGAACAACUUCAGAGCUGCUAGGAAGAGAGAAAGAUCACCAAGUCCACAUCAUCAUACAGAUAUGAUUCAAACAAUAGAGGAGGAGAAAACUGAGAAAAAACCCAUCCAACAAACCACGGAUUUUGCCAAUAACCCUGUAGAAUCUACGCAUGAAACCCUUGAUGCAUACUGGGAACAGAUUAGAAAGUUAGAUGAGAAAGUGAAAGAGAUAUCAGAUUGUAAGGAAAUAGAAGGAAUCAAAGGUCCAAACCUGAGAGGCAGGAGACACAGAUCAUGUUCAUCAUUUAGAGCAAGGAGUAAGACAAUCUCUAGCAUUAAUUCACAUCAAGUUCAUCAUGAAGUUAAUAAGCAACAAAAUAGGGAAGCAAUUACAGAUCCUUCUUGUUCGGUAAAUGUGCAUGAUGUGUUUGAAGUUCCACAACCUGGGGAUAGUGAUGGAGCCAAUAAGCAUGGGAAAAAUAGACUAGAGAGGUUGAGGACAACAGAUUCAGAUAACAGGUUAACAAAACCAGACCCAGAAGUGUUAGACGAAAAGGCUGAAGCACUUUCUAGAUAUGAUUCAGGAAAGGUAAUGAGGUUUCUAAGCAUAAACACGGAAACCAAAGCACACAGUCCAAAUGGUAGUAGUAAUAAUAAUAACAACAAGAUCACUUGUAUGUUUGGCCGGAAAAUGGAAGGAACAAGUGUGGAAUGCAAUGGGGAAGCGGAGUUUCACCUUCUUUCGAAGAGAAUCGAGAGGCUUGAGAAGGAAAGGGGGAGAGAGAGCUCAGAGGCAAGGCAAGAAUUACACAUGAUGGAGAUGGUGAAGAGCAGCUUAGGCUCUUGA